AUGGUAGAUUUUUCAUUUUCUUUCAAUUUUAGCAAAUAUUUUUUUUUGAGGUUCUUUGACUUAUAUUUUAAUUUUUUUUGCUGAAAUUUGAAUAUUUUUUUCGACCUAAAAUUUUGAUCUUUUUUGAUUACAUUUCGAACAGUUUUUGUUGAAAAAUUUGCUCAUUCUUUUGUCAAAAUUUUAACCAUUUCAGACAAGAUUUAAGUAAGGCUUUAAUGUCUGUUACAACCAAAAAAUUGGAAACUUUUUAUUAAAGUAAUGUCCUACACAUCCCAUUGAAUAAUGUAGCUUGGCUACAAUCCCAGCACUAACCUCAUACUUUUGUCAAACAUGCGAGUUUACGUCGUCUUUGACCUUAUUCAUGAUAUUAAACGCUGUCUAGUCUCUUUUGAUUCGUUUGCACUUUCAUCUAUCUUCUUGAACCCCCGUAUAUCUGCAGCGGCCCAUCAUACUAAUUAGCGCUGACCUUUUUAAUACAUUUAAUCAAUAAUUUUCGCUUACGUACCGCUCUUAAGGGACCCCCGAAAAGUCCCCUCCCCAAACGAUCCCUGUUUUUGUUGAACCCUCAGAAAGCCCUCCCUAAACGAUCCUCCGCCAUUUCGCUUUACAUGGAAGCCUUUAUCGUACGUUGAUUUCCCAAAAUUUUCUGCAAAAAAAAUAAUAGGCGUGAGUAACAUUUCCUGUUUGCCCUGCAGCAUCGUGUUUAUUCUACGAAAAUGGUACAGAGUUCUGGGUUCACUAUGAAAAUUAACGUCUUACGGAGAUUAGCCUUUUUACCGUUUUCAUCUUAAACGUGAGCUGAAAAAUGCGACACUCAGAUUUUCUUUAAAUUUUGCACGCACGUCGGGUAUGGACUAAAUAUCAAUUCCUGAAAGUUUUGGCUCGCGCUUUGCCGGCGCCGCCGAAAUUUGACAGUUUCGAGCGGAAAAUUUUGAUUUUUUGUAGAAACAUUAUCCUUUAUGGUAGAAAUAGGCUUGAAAGUUUUCGAGCCGAAAUUCGGCAAAAAGUCCUGAAAUUUGGCCGACUUUAAAUCUCUGUCGUUUAUGCAAUGCGCGAGCUAUAUCUUAGAAAAAAAUAUUAUAAAUUUGUGCCAAGUUUCAUCAAAAUCUGAGCGUCGCACUUGGAGUACUUACACUGUCAGUCAAUCCUUUAUCAUCCUUUUUUUGAGAGAAAAUUUAAGUGAUCAAGGGUGAUACUGUACCUCUAACGCUUUUAUCAGACAUUUUUUUUUGAUUUACUGUCUGUUUUAACUCUAAAAAUCCUACGUGCACGCUAAAAUACGUCAUCAGCUAGUUUUGUCAUCAUUUUAUAAUCUUGCGAAAUUUAGGCUUCACCCGAGGACAAAAGUUCAGGCCAAUUUUGCGAUUAGAGUCUACGCUUAUUAUUGCACCAGAGUACCAAGCUAGGAACACUUGCGGAUUAGUGUCGCAUUUGGGGAAAUUUUGGGGUUGUUGAUCAAUGUAUACGGUCUAAAGAGAGCCGAUUUUUCAUCUGUGGCGGCGAUAUCCACCACAAAAGAAAUGUGGGUGUGGCGGUGUGGAUAUUAAAAAUUUUGUAAUGAUAUCUGACAGUAAACGGAGGGUGUUUUGCAAGAGCUUUUAUUACAAAAAAUCCCGACAUUGGCUUGGUUGUUUUGGACCGAUUAGGGGUUAUGGCACAUAGAGGCCUUCAAGAAAUGCCACAUGUCUUUCAGCAUUCCUCGAAGGCUUGUUGAUAGGGACAAUAUAAGCUGUUUAGUCAUCAAAAUCACUGGAAAUUCGAAUAACCCCUCGCUUUUAGGACUUUUAUCAGUCUGUCGGGAAAAUAAUGAGCACAAUGUCGCUUCGCCAAUUUCGUCGGUGAAGUGAAAAGCAACUUGAUUUUGUCGCAACAAAAAAUUUUUUCGGCGAUGCUGCGAUUUUCCAUGCGACAGAGUGCUCAUUAUUUUCCAGACAGACUGAUAUGACUCACUGCUCUCAUUUUAUACCACUUUUCCCGCAAUAUCCGUCUGUCGGGAAAAUAAUGUUUAAAAGUUCUUUUUCUUCGACAAAUCCUCAUUAUUUUCCCGACACACUAAUAUUGCCUCCUCUUUGAGAAUAAGGACGAGAAUUUUGAAAUUUUUAGAAAGACCCACCUCUUUGACAGGCCUUUAUUUCACCCCCCAAAUCCCCGAAAUUCCUCAAAUUCCAAGCUCCUCAGUCCACCGUCCCUCCUCGCGACACGUAGUUCCUUCAAGAUUUCAAAGUCCUAGCGGCCCUAUCUUCACAUGAUGACCUGCAAGCUCCUGUAAUCCUGAGAAGAAGGACGGGGGGACCGUUUUCGUCCCCGCAGAUUAACCCUUUGAGAGUGGAGGUUUUGUCGAAUCCGUUCUCCGUUUCGCCCUCUCUUUACAACUCAAAACAAAAGAAAUUCCCACGUUUUUUGUCAGAUUUCACUGGCCGCGAACAAUGAGAGGUCUCACGAUGGCCCCAGGGUGGGUAUUCUAAAAUUUACGAUUAGUCUGUUUUAUACUUUCCCCCCGCCGCCGGCUCUACAUACAGUAUAAAUUGUUGCACUUUUCCGGGCUCUUUGUUUUUUUUCGAGGGCUUUUGUCUGUGAAGGAAAUGGCAUUUGUCCGAAGUAAAUAUGGUAUAUAGUACAUUCGUUUUUGUUGCAGAUAAUGAGCCAGGGCAAUGAAAGCGACCAAUGCCAGUACUACUCGGACAAGAACCCCGACCCCACCAACUCGGAGGUCGCGAUGACCCUCUUCGCCAUCGUCUACACGCAUAUCUUCGUCCUCGGCCUCAUCGGCAACCUGUCCAUCAUGUUCCUCACACUCCGAUAUCAUCAUCUGCGCACAGUCCAAAAUAUUUUCAUCCUGAACCUGGCCAUAUCCGACGUGAUUGUCUGCCUCCUCUCACUGCCCUUUACGCCCGUCACGAGCAUCUACAAGGUGUGGAUGUUCGGGCAGCCCAUCUGCCAUCUGCUGCCGUUGGUUCAGGCCGUUUCGAUAUUCGUCUCGACGUUUUCGUUGUCGGCGAUCGCCAUAGAUCGCUACAACUUGGUGGUGAGGCCGCACGCUCGACCGUUGACCAUCCAUGGCGCGCGAAAUGUGGCGGUGGUGUUGUGGGUGCUCAGUGUGGUCGUUUCGCUGCCCUAUGCCUACUACAUGCGGCUCGAGACGUACGAGGAACUUUGCGGACAGGUGAGUUCAGUUGCACUUUGGGGGUAAAUUACAUAUAAUGCAAUUUGGCGAGACGCUAUUGCUUUUGUUAUUUCCUGCGGAGACAUCAUAAGUAAGCUCUUAGUUGUCUCGCAAAAAAAGAGUAUGACAUUAGCGUAAGUAGAAAAAGUAGAAAUUCUAAGUACAUAGAAGAUUGGAAGCCUUCAACGGCAUACGGUUGAGGAAAGAAGGAAAGAUUAAUCGGGGGUUUAUGAUGAUUGGUGGGUCGGAUAAGCAAAGAUAAAGCUUGAGGGAAUCUAUUUCAAAAUAAGAGAGCUUUAAGAGAAGCAGAGGAGUAAACAACCAGAAAAAAUGUACCGACUACGGUUGACACAAUUUUUAGCAGCCUAUGUAAUACCAGUCUGUCGGGAAAAUAUUAGGUCUAGGAGUAUGACCUUGUCAUUUUUUGUAUUGCAUUUUUCACAGGUUGAAAUACAACUUUGCAGUUUCUGUUUAGAGUAUCUGAAAGAACGCUGAAAACGCUAUCUAACGAUAUAUGUUUCAUAUGUUAGGGCUUUAUAUAACGACUUUUAUAAACCUCCCAAAAUGAGCAUAAUGAGCAUAACUCGACCGCGUCGAUGAAGUGAAAAGCAAUUUGAAUUUGUCGCAAAACAAUUCAUUCUCUUUGAUGCGACAGAGCGCUCAUUAUUUUCCCGACAAGAUGAUAUCCACCUAGUCUCAAGACGGUAAAGAUAUCCGAUUUUUCUCAAAGUUGCAGUCCUUUUGCAACGUCACUGAAGUGAUUUUGGAGACAGCUGGAUAUCAGUCUGUCGGGAAAAUAAUCAGCGCUCUGUCGCAACAAAAAUCGCAUCGCCGCCGAGAAAAUGAGUUGUUUCUAAAAACAGCGGCAACAUCAAAUUGCUUUUCACUUCAACGACGCGAUUCGGCGACAUUUGCUCAUUAUUUUCUCUGUAGGAAAAAGAUAUCAACUUCUACGUGAGCUAUUGCCGCUUAACCCUACUCCUCUCAUCAUUAAUCCCCCCUUUCGAAAGCCUCUUGAGAAUACGGUGGCCAAUGUCAGCAGAGAUUUGACAUUUCUAAAAAUAAAUGUCACCCCCUAAUCUAAUUGAUCCUCUCUUCCAGUUCUGCACCGAGAUUUGGCCCUCCAAGUCGAUGCAGCGCAGCUACGCGCUAGUCGUGCUGAUCAUGCAAUUCCUCCUGCCGUUCGUCACGAUGAGCUUUUGCUACAGCACCAUCUUCAGUAAGCUGCGAGAGCGCGCCAACUCGAAGCUGAAGAAGUUGGACGAGCGCUCGCAGCUGCUGAAUAUUCAUCAGGCGCUGGACAAGAAGGACAGUGUCAAGCUGAAGAACGGCGACGACACGCAACGCGCCAACUUGUUGGCGCAGCAACGCCGCACUACCACGAUUUUGGCGUCAAUGGUGUUGAUUUUCGGACUCACUUGGCUGCCGCAAAAUAUCGUGACGCUGAUGUUGGAAUACGACGAUGAGAUCUUUAGUCAUGGCGCUAAGAAUUACACAUAUUUGGUUUCAAUGAUUGCUCAUAGGUAAGGAUUUUGCAGCAUCUAUUUUUGCAGUAUUUCGUAUGUUUUGUCGGCGCUUGCGGUCGAUUUACUCACAAGGGAAGUGCUCCAAGUGCGGCGCUCAGAUUUUGAUGAAACUUGGCACAAAUUUAGAACAGUAUUUUCUAAGACAUAUAUGAGAUUUUUAGCGCGCGCUUUGCAAAAUAAAUCGAAAUUUAUAGGUCAAAAGUUGACAAAAAUGCGACACUUUUUUGCGAAUUUUGGCGUGUAAAGUUUUGUACCUAUUUCUACAGUAGAGACAAAUUUUCCAACAAAAAUUUAAUUUUUUCUGGGCAAAACUGGCAGAGAUAUAGCCAAAAAGAUGUUUUUUCUCUAAUUCUCUGACCGCUCUCCGCAUUUCGCGCACUCUCUCGGCCGCAAAGUUUGUUGAAUAUCUCGACUCUCCCUGCAAAGCGCGAGCCGAAACUUUCAGGAAUUGAUACCUAGCCUAUGCCAAAGUUGUGUGAAAAGUUUAAAGAAAAUAUGAGCGUCGCACUUACAAGUCUGUCCGUAAAAAUUAUACGGCCGGUUUCUGCAAGACAAUGCGCUUAGGGCUCGAAAAUCAUUGCAGCAGACAGUCUGGUUGUUGUUUACAUCGAGCAGACUGUCUGGCUAUGCUCAAACGAUUAGAAUAGCUCCAGGAUUUCCUACCGUUUUCACCCAAUAAAUGCAAUUUCCUCAUUCGCUAUUGACUCUUCUCUGCAUCCGUACGGAUGAGGAAGUUAUUGGAAGAUUACGAGCAUUUCUUUGUUGACACAGUAUAAAGGUUUAAUUUAUUUACGCAUUUCCGCGAUAUCACUACCGUCUUCUGGCCGGCGGAACACUAAAAUUAAAGCUUUGUCCCGCCGCCAACACAAUAAUUCGCUUAAUUAUGCACCGACUCCAUGUCAUGACGGCAUUUCUUUUCAGCAUCGCCAUGCUGACGAAUGUGGCAAACCCGGUGCUGUAUGCAUGGCUGAACCCCACGUUCAAGCAAUUAUUCCUCCAAUUCUUCACGAACAAGAAGCUCCCGGAGUCGGCGGACGCCAGCGCACGGAUCGCGGCGCCGAAGCCGAGUGGUGUGCAGACGGCGCGCGAAUCGGUCGCCAAACUGAGCGGGCUGGAUGAGGCCGACCCCAAGGAUAAUGUUUGA